UAGCAUCAUUUCUAAGCUUUAUAUAAAAGCGAGUAUAACAUUUUUACGAGUAGAAGAAAUACGGACAGAAAAGAAAAACAACAAGAAGAAGCGAACAUGAUGAAAUACAUUAUUGUCGCUUGCCUGUGCAUAAUGUUUGUACUUGGUCAAGCAGAAUCGCAAGAUCAACAAGAAACUACAACCGAUAAGAGAGUUGAGCGUAGCGUAGAUAUGAAUCAAAUGCCGCAAGGAUCUAAUAUCCUAGGACAAUUUGCUGAUAUGCCAGGACAACUUGCUAAUAUCCCAGGACAACUCGCUAAAAUUCCCAAUGAAUUUAACAAAGCAAUGGAAAAUGUCAUGGAUGGUAUAACUGAUGGAUUUUCAGAUGCAAAAGAUUUAAUGAAUAAGUCAAGACGUCGUCGUAGUUCAGAGCAACAAUAGAAUGUGAUGUAAUCAUUCGCAUCAUGACAGUAAUAUUGAAAACAGGAAAUUUGAUGGACGAUGCAUCGUAAAUGUUAUCUUAUAUGUGGUACGCCUUAAAAUUAAUUCAGUAUUAUACAUAUAUAUAUUAUCAUAAAAUAUAUAUAAUGUUAUGCACUAGAUUCUAAUGAAGGGACACAUAGUCGAAUAAAAGUUUGCACGUUAAAUAAAUUUUAUUCCUUUAAAUAGAAAUUUUAUUCUAAUUAUUAUCAUUUAAAUCGAAACGUUAAUAUGAAUAAAUGUGUAAAAAAUUAUAAAUAUUCAUAUAUAAUAUGCCGAUGUUGCGCAAUGUCAAAUGAAGUUUCCAUUACAUAACUAGUAUUUUAUUAGCACUGAUGUAUUGAUUAAUAAAUUAAAUGCACACAUAAAGAAGAAAAAAUAAUGACUUUUGAGAUUCAAUAAAUUUAUGUUUACUGGAAAUACUAACAUCAAAAAGUAUAUAUAAGUAACUUUUAGAUGAAGUGAAUGUGUAUAUUUAAGUAAGAAUUUAGGAAAAUUUACUUUUAAAAUUAUUUAUUUAAAUUGUUUUAAAAAAAAGAAUUGUCAUUGUUGUAAUUAUAAGUAUUCUGUCGUUUCAUCAAGCCGAUAGAAUCAUUCUGGUGGUAUCGGCAAGACCAGCGUUAUUUAGUCACAAUAUAUUAUUUAUCAUUUCUUCUGGCCUGUUGAUAAAUAAUUCAGGAUGAUUAAAAUUCAUUUCAGCAUUGUUAAUUAAAAUGAGAAUAGAAUAGUUCGCAUCAUUAAUAUAAUUCC